AUGAAAAGCAUCUGCAGGGGAUCCCUUUUAUUGAUUAAGAAUGAUAUUGCAUUCAAACGAGAAACAUAGGUGGAAUUCGGUAUGUCUCUAAUGGUGACUGCCUCAAUGAUCAUACAAUUGUUUGCAGCAGCAAAGUUGACUGAUGUAGAUUAGAAUCGAAGGAGGAUAAGCAACUUCCUCAGAAGCAUAGAUGUUAUUGAAAAUAUUAUAACAUUAGGUGAAGCAUUCGUAUAUGUUCCAUCUAGAGAUGUAUGGAGAUUUGGACAAAUUGGGAAUAUUUAAUGCUAUUUAGAUAAUAAUCUGUCCUCUGGUGAUCAUUAUUGUUAAGUUGCUAUCUAAGGGUUAUGGAAUAUAUAUUUCUGGAACUUCCCUCGUCAUAACAAUCAAUAUCUGCGAAAACAUCAUGUGGAAGGAAUUCUCACUAUAUUACUCACAGAAUUAGAACUGGAAUAUGAAUAAGCCAUACUUGGAUAAUAUCACUGCCUUUCAAUCAAACCUUAUUAGAGACUCUUUAUGAAACCUUACUAAUUUGCUGUCCUCCGUUUUGGUGUUCAUGAUUGUAAACUAUUUCCAAGGAGGCCUAACUUUUUAUCCUGUCAAAGUGUUCUACACUUUCAAGAUACCAAUAACUCUUUAAACAGCAUUAGUUUCAAAUCCUUACUUCCUUUCACAAAUUCUUUACAGAAAUUUUAUUGGCAAUUUCAUCAUCAGAUUACUGGGUCAUUGGUAAUAAUUGGAAAAUGGAUAUACUGCUCCCAUAGAGUGAUUAGUCUACUAUCUAUUUUAGAUCCAAUUAACAAAGUCCUUUAUACUGCAUUUAUUCAUGGUAUUUGUGCUGUCCUCUCCAAAACUUGGAUUGAUGUUUCUGGAUCAUCACCAAAUGAAGUUGCCAAAUAACUCAAAGAACAAGACAUGAAAAUUGUUGGUUACAGAGACUCCUCCAUGAAAGAUGUCUUAUACGAUAUAUUCCAAUCGCUGCUUCCUUCGGUGGAAUGUGCAUUGGAAGCCAUAGGUUCAGGAACCAACAUACUUUUAUAAGUUACUAUCAUUUAUGGUUAUAUCGAAACACUUAAAAAAAGAAAAGGAACAAGGUACACUUGA